GUAUACAACCUGGACAUAAACAUGUACACCCAUAAAUUGUACACAGACUCAUUGGGAGCCAGAGUGCCUCAGCUGCUGACGUCAUGGCGUUGCGAUAGGCUCACUCAACCUCACGUUACAUUGUUCCCAGAUAAGAUGACUAGUCUUAACGGCUACCAGUUAAGAGUGGUGGCUACCGAGCAUCCACCUUAUGUCUACCAGAAAUUUCAGGUGAACGGUUUUGGAGAUGCCAAAACUAAGUGGGAUGGACUGGAAGUGAGGUUGUUGAACUUGAUAUCUAGACAGCUAAAUUUUACCUUAAAGUUCAAACAACCUACUCAAUCCAGGUGGGAGAAUACAGCUGAAAGUGUGCUAGGAGACCUGGCCACUCACAAGGCAGACAUGGCAGUGGCAGGAGUGUUUGCCAACAACAGCAGAUGGCAACAGUUCCAUUCCUCCGUGGUUCAUUCUCAUGACUGUGCUGUCUUCAUGACCCUCGCUUCAGUAGCAUUACCUAAGUACCGCGCCAUCAUGGGACCAUUCCGAUGGGAGGUCUGGAUGGCAAUCACAUUUGCUUAUCUACUGGCCAUCCUGCCCAUGAGUUUCUCUGCCUACCACACGUUACCCCCUCUGUUGGAUAACCCUUAUGAGUUAGAAAACAUGUUCUGGCAUGUCUUUGGAACAUUCACGAACUGUUUCACCUUCUCAGGGAAAAAAUCUUGGACCAGUGGAAAAAAGAAUUCCACACGCAUUUUCAUAGGAACUUACUGGGCAUUUUCAAUUAUAAUAUCGACCGCUUAUACGGGGUCUAUCAUUGCAUUUAUUAUGUUGCCAAACUUCCCAGAAGUAAUUGAGACUGCUCAUCAACUGGUGGAGGAAGAUCUAAGACUGAUCGUUACAAAUAAAAGUGAUCUGAGGAUGUCAGUUCUCAACUCUACUAACGUAUCCAUUCAACGCUUGUAUAACAAGAUGAAGAUUGUUGAUUCCGUGGAAGAGGCUAUAUCAAAUGUCACAGAAUCUCCACUGUUCACUGAUUAUGCAUUCCUACACUCUCGAGAAUUCUUGAAACACGUCAUCAGGACCAACUUCUCUGCAAAGAUGUCACACAAGAAGUCAGUGUUUCACCUGAGUCAGAAAUGUUUCCUUCCAAUGUUGGUCGCCAUGAUGUUCCAGCCAGAGUCCAAUCUAGUCAAAAGGGUCAACGUACUGUUAAUGAGAGCUAUACAAGGAGGAUUUAUCAACAAACUCGUUUCCGAUGUAGCCUGGGAUCAACAAAAAACUAGCUCUGGAAAGUUGUUACAGGUUUCUGGAGGAGGAAUUAAUAUUCAACCACCAGAAGAAAGACAGUUGACUUUGGAUGACACCCAAGGCAUGUUCUUACUACUGGGAAUAGGGUUUGGACUAGCAAUAAUUGCUCUGAUGACUGAGUGUUGCGUUUAUGUCUGGACCAAGCGAACUCGUGUUUUGUCUGUGCCAUCCAUAGUUUAUUCGGAAACGGAUAAACAUUUAGGCAAUAGAAACUUUCAAUUUCAAAAUAAAGAAGAUUUUCUACGUUAUUUCAACAGCCAGAGCAGUAACAGCCUGUUGGAGCUCCCUAUGGAAAACUCACUGAAUGAUGCAAGAAUUGUCCGAUCGCUAACAAUCUUAAAAUUAGAACAUCAAGAACACUGUAAUAUCAGUGCUAGUUGUCCUUCAAUCUAAACCAUGUGUAUUCGCUGUCUACCUUGUUAAGUUAUGCUUAUUCAUGCUAAAAAGAAUUUUAUCUCAGAGAACAUAACACCUUUUAAAUAUACAGCCUGCAUC